CUGGCGGAAGGAAGGCGGGACAAGAUGGGCACGGAGGGAUCGUGUCUGGCCGGUUUCGCGUCUCUGAUUGGGGCUCGGAGGCGGCUGCGCAGAUGGUGAAACGCCGGACAGGCGCGGCGAGUGGCAGAGUCCUCCUCUGAGCGAGUUAUUUAGACUCUUUCAGCAAGUAAACCAACACCAUCACUAUCAGAAUAUCAUUGAUGGAGAAAGAAGCCACAUUUUCUAGUACAGGCCUUAUACAUGUUCCUUUUGGACAUGUUGUUGGAUGUGAGAAAUGGCGAGGGUCUCAGUUAGCCCAAGGAAUGCAAGGAAAGAUUAAGGUCAUCUUUGAGGAAGACCUGACACUAGUGGAUUUUCACCUUUCUAAUAGAUUCUGUAUUCUUUAUAUUACUGAAGCAGAUCUGGUGGCAGGAAAUGGCUAUAAAAAAAGAAUUGUUCGACUUAGAAAUGCCAGUAAUCUUCAAGGGAUUGUAAUAAUUGAAAAAACACAGAUUAGUGAACAGUACUUUACAGCAGUGCAGAAAUUUGUUGUCCUGGAACUUGGAAUGGCAUUGCUUCUGUCCAGUCAAAUGGAAGCAUCCCAGCUUAUUAUCCAACUGGUCCAUGAACAAACCAAAGAGCGAAAUAGGAAUCCUUUUCUUAGGAAGAAAAGCUGCCAGCUCUCUGAAUCAUCAGUACUUCAAACAGUACAGCAGAUACCAGGAGUAGGAAAAGUGACAGCCCUACUUCUGUUGCAGGAGUUUGCAAGUAUCCAAAAACUGUGCAGUGCAUCUAUCCAAGAACUUGAGCAAGUAGUUGGACAUAUGCUAGCAGAAAAAAUGCAUACGUUCUUUACCCAGACAAGGUGACAGGACAUAAUCCUAAAAUAGGUUUUGUCCUCCAGCACCACCAAAUCUAAGAUUGUGCUUUUCUUUACUUAUAGUGAAAGCAGGGAAUUUACUUUUUUCAUCUUGUAUCAGGUAUCGAAAGGAAAGGACAAUUUAGAACCAUAAUCUCUAUGCUUAUAUUUUAAUCAGCUACCCCUUGGCCACAGGUCUUAAACUAGCAGACCAGACACUGCUGUUUGUGGCCAGCUUUCUAAUAAUGUUUUUUUGUGAUUAAGAUGAUCAAAACUUGAAUGCAACAUCUUUGUUUAAAGGAAAUUCAUAAAUAAUGGUAUGGCCUUGACUGUAACAUCAUCCUUUUCAGAUUUCCUCAGACAUUUCAGAUGGUUGUUAAAGUCAGAAGCAAGAGUCAACUAAAUGUUUAUGUUAUCACAGAUGUCUGAGGUAUUACACGUAGUAUUCAGUUCAGGUCAUAAAUUGUAACUGAGGAUUAAAGGACUACAACUUAAAUAGAGCUUUUGGUGCCUUAAAAUAACAAGUGUUUCAGUCCAUGUUAGACAUCUAGAUAAAUCUUGAAGGGGGAAAAAUGAAGAGAACAAAGGAUAAAUUAAUAGUUAUUUAUUUAAAUACAUAAGCUUCUACAAAUGUAAUGCUAAAGGCACUGUUUGGAUACAUUUGCACAAUGUUCCCUUAGGACUUUAAUGAUUAUGAUGAAACUAAAACUUGGAAACUUCUGUUACAGGUAUUAAUGAUAUGUUUAGCAAUUUUUUCUGUAUUAUUCAGGUACAUAGCAAAAAACCCCCACAAAACUGUCAUUACUUAGGAAACAUUUGGAUUUUAAAAGUCUUACAUAGAGCUUAAAACUUCCGUAAUAUUAUAUAUUUAUUGCAAAGAAAAGUUAAAACAGGCUUUUCUUUUUAAAACAGGCUUUUUUUAGCCAGAGAUUUAUUCAAGGUGCAUUUAUUGCACUUUCCUACUUUAAACAAAAUGGAAAAUGUUUUGAGUAUCAAACAGUAUAAUAUCUACCCUGUAGAUGGCAUUUUUAUCUAACACUAGUGUGUUAGCAACAUGAAAAUUAUUUCUAAACAAUAUGUAAAGUCAAAGCUGGUUCUAAAUAGUCUCUGCUGUUAAUAGUAAUUAUGAAAUUUGGCACUAGGUUGUAUCUAGAACCUGCAACUGUCCUAAAAGUAUGCAGUUUUGUCAUUCAUUUUGUACAGCAAUCAAAGUAAAACUUGUCAUUGAGUAUGCACAACUAUUUUUGAUAACAGUAACUCAAAUCCACUACUGUAGUCUGGAUACUAGCUGCCAUGUUGUAUAGCAUUUGUUUGAAUUAAAAUUAAAGAAUUUAUUUUUUUU